UUCGUUCCCAGCACCUUCAUAUUUCCUAUAAAUGUAAAGGUUUCCGGUGGGGUUGUUGGUCAAAAUUAAGUAGCUCCGGCGGUGCUCCGGUCAUCUCCCUCCACGGUUAUUUUUCGAGGUUGCUCGCCGAGAAUUGCGGUUUCAGGGGGGUUCAGUCGAGGAUUCUUAGUUCGACGGCGAGAUGAGCUGGAACCGGGGAGGGCAGAAGCUGGACCUGAAGCUGAACCUGUCGCUGGUGCCGACGGCGCCGCGCGGGGAAGCGUCGAGGAGGAGGGGGGCGGCGGAGAACGAGGAGGCAUCUUCGCCGAGCUCGUGCCUGUCGUCGGAGGCGGAGCAGGGGAGCCCGGGGGAGGCGGCGUCGAUGGUGGUGGGCGGGUGCCCGCGCUGCCUCAUGUACGUGAUGCUCUCCGCCGCCGACCUCCGGUGCCCCAAGUGCGGCACCCCCGUCCUCUUCGACUUCUGCGCCGCCGGCGGCGCCUCCGCUAAGAGCUGCAACAAGCGCAGGGCAUGAAGUGGACCUGAUCAUGUUAAUUAAAAGUUGCCCCUUGAAGAGUUUGUUCAUCAUCAUCCUCUUCUUCUUCUUCUAACUCGAUCGAUCAAUUGGUAUGAGCAUUGGGCAAUCAGAAUCAUGAAAAAGAAGGAAAAAAACAGAGAAAACAUUCAACUGAACAUUCUUUUGAAGAGGCCAUUCUGUAUAGAAAAGAACCAACAAUAGAAAAGGCAAAUGAAAUCCAAUAUUGGUUUUGAAAACAUGAAUGAUCUUGCUGUCAAUGCUUUUCCUUUUCUUUUGCUUCCUGAAAAACACUUUUAAAUGAUUGACAAAGUAGAUAUGGUUGACAAAGUAUACACAAGCAUUAAAACUUUUUUUGCAUUACAAAAGUCAUGCUCUUAUCCUCUCAUUGUGCAAUGUCAACUUUACAUGGUCAGAUUGUGGCCAUUCAAGUAAUCAGUGGCUAAUUAUUUGAUUACUUUCUUAGCCAAACAGCUAACUUAGUUGAAAUUGAAAUGCUACAAGAAGAAAGAUACUAUAAACAUGCUAAUGAUUCACUUUCAGUCAUAAGAAAUGAAUAACUAGAGCAAGAAAAAUAUUUUUGCGACAGUGUGUUUUUCAGUGGUCAGUAGAUACUAAUUGGAAUCACAACCACUCUUGAAUGUUUGUCAUGUGAGAAGAAUAAGCAUUUGUAAUUCACGAGAAGUAUCAUCAGUGCUGCAACCACUUGGAAAAGAACAGGAACUCAGGUGUGAGCCACAAAUCAACAACACAACUAGCACUAUCAAGUUCAAGAUCAACAAAUGAAUGUAUUAUGAAUCUCCUUUCUUCACCAAGUCACUAUC